UUUGCAUUUGCUGUAAUGGAGAUUAAUGAAAAUCCUCAGAUAUUACCCAAUAUCUCUCUGGGCUUCCAUAUCUAUAAUAGCCAUUUUGUUGCAAGUUGCAUUUUACUCGCCUCUAUGGAGCUUCUCUCCACAUGGAGCAACUUUAUCCCAAACUACAAGUGUGAUACUAAAGAUAAUACUGUUGCAGUCAUUGCAGGACCCAAUUCAGAUGUGGGUUUCUAUAUGGCAACCAUUCUGAGCAUCUACAAGGUACCACAGUUCACUUAUGGUUCUGCUCCAGUAAUAAAUGAACAGACCCAAAGUAUUUUUUUCCAAAGGAUGUUCCCUAGUGGGGAGCAUCAAUAUUCGGGGAUCCUACAGCUGCUGCUUCUUUUCAGGUGGACAUGGAUUGGAGUUAUUUUUAUGGAUAAUGACACUGGAUUGAAUUUUGUACAAGUGGUGCUACCCAAAUUUUCUAAAAGAGGAAUCUGCUUUGAUUUUAUAGAAACUUUGCCUCCACUGUAUUUUCUUUCUGAUAUUGGUGAAAUGGUAGAUGAAUGGAUCAAAACAUACAAGAAAAUUAGCGAUAGCUCAGCCAACGUUGUGCUCUUACAUGGAGAAAUUCAAACUAUGAUCUUUUUGAUAAUCUUCCCUCGUGUUUCAGAAUUUGAGAAUAUACCAAUCAAGACCAAAAGUAAAGUCUGGAUUAUGACAGCCCAGAUGGAAUUCACAUCAGUUCCCUUUCUCAAAUCCUUUGAGGUCGAUAUUAUCCACGGUGCUCUGUUGAUUGCCCUUCACUCAACUGAGGUAAUGGGAUUUCAAACCUUUCUUAAAAGAAGAAACCCAAAUGUGGAAAAUGGAGAUGGCUUCCUCAAGGACUUUUGGCAACAGGCCUUUAAUUGUCACUUGGCUCCUCCAGCCGGGGAGAAAAUCAGUGAAAAUGUCUGUACUGGAGAGGAGAAGAUGGAAGACCUGCCUGGGUCAGUUUUUGAAACCACGAUGACUAGUCACAGCUACAGCCUCUACAGUGCAGUUUACACAAUGGCCCAUGCUUUGCAAUCCAUGGAUUCAUCCCAGUUCAAACCCAGAAUGAUAGCAGAGAGAAAGAGAAGGAAGAGCAUCAGUAAACAGCUAUGGCAGCUCCACCAUUAUUUGAGAAGCCUCUCAUUUAACAAUAGUCUUGGGGAAACAGUUUCUUUUGAUGAAAACAGGGAACUGAACGCUGGGUUUGAUAUUAUCAAUUGGGUGACAUUCCCAAAUCAAACCUUUCUUCGAGUCAAGGUGGGAAACAUUGAUCCCCUUGCUCCAAAAGACAAAGCCUUCUCCAUUUCUGUGGAUGCCAUUGUGUGGCCCAGGCCAUAUGAUAAGAGUAGGGAUUCUGAAGCAACUGGGAUCCCUGGACCUAUUAAUGAAGUUGAUACUGCUGGCCAUGCAAGAAUAGCACAGCAAGAAUACCACAACACUUGA